AAGGCAAUAUCACACUAUUUGUUUUCAACCAUACUACAUAAAAGUUUCUAUGGGCUGUUAUGUCAUUUUUCGGCCCAUAUAAUUUUCAUACGUUCUUUAAGAAUAAUAACAAGCAACAUGUCGUUUGCGAAUUUAGCAAAAAUUCCAGUCCGAAAUAUAUUUAAAGUUAAUCAGUGCGUUUUAUCAAGAUGUAAAUCUAGUACUGAAAGUAAAUCUUCGAGUACGGUAACUCACACUGGCCAGGAUUGGGAAGCUGACGAUUACAGGAACUGUAGAUUUAUGGUCGCUCCAAAGCAAACUAAUAAGAACUGGGCUGUCAAGUUAGUUAACGAAGUCCCAUCAAAAUUAGAAAAAGAGCGUGUCAUUUUUUGUGAUGGAGGUGGUGGUCCAUUAGGACAUCCCAAAGUUUAUAUUAAUUUGGACCAAAAGGGUGAACACACUUGUGGUUACUGUGGCCAACGUUUCCACAAAGACCAUCACCACUGAGGACUCGUUAUACAUGAAAAAGUAGCUAUGACUUAUUGAAAUGAAAAUAUUAUUGCAAUAUAGCAAUAAUAAUUAAAACUUUAAUAAAUUAUUGAUUGUAUAGAUAUAUUAUUAAAUAUGAAUUAAUCUUAA